AUGGAGGAGCUUACCUACAUCAUCCAUCAUGUCUUUUUACCUCCAAAGUUACCUCACGGAGAUGAUCGAGAGUCAGCAAACGAUAUCGCGCUCUGUCGCGUCGUCCUGGAUUCUGCGAAAAGGUUCCAGGUGUCACGUUCAAAUUCAGACCACUGGGAGUCAAUUGUAAAGAUGCUCAGAAAAUUCAAGGCUUCGCAAAAACAUGGAGCUCUUUCACCCGCAGAGGUAGAGGAACAGUUAUCAGAGAUGGUAGAUGGAGAUGUUUUGACAUACUACAUUCAUGCCCAAAAUGCGGGCGUCAUCUUUCGGAUGGUGGAUGAUGAAGUCGUCUUUGAGUGCUUCGAAGCCGCCAUUCCCAGCGAGCAAGUGAUGGCCGCCGUAGGAAAGCUCAUACGUUCUUUUCCCGGUCCCGCAAUCUCGUUCUCAUCAGAGCUGCUUAGCGACCCCGACUUCUGUCGUGAGCUAGCGUCAUUCCUGGUACACAUGAGCAAAGAUAUCCUGGAUCCCGCGGCUAAGCUGCCGGAAGAUGGUGGCAGUACCAACGCACAAGAGAGGAGAGUCCCUCAUCCUCGCUACAUCACCCAGCUCCUCACUGGCAUCUUGUAUGGCCUCGAAGGAGGUUCCUCUGCGAAUGUCCAUCGCUUUACAAAAAGGAUAGGCGAUGAUAUUCUAUCAGACAGAACUCAAGCACCCUGGCGACGUUCACCUUUGUGGCUCGUCCUUCGCGUUGCUUUGCAAUCGAGUCUUUACGAAGGUGAUGGCCACGCGGAAUACAAAUCAUUCAUGGCGUUCUUUAUGGCCGGAAUCCUGGAGCGUGCUCUAAAGGAGAAUCUGCGCGACAACGACCUACUCUUCUGUAUGAGGGCGAAGAUAUGUGGUCGAAUCUACAAGCUUAGCACUGCUGCUCCGCAGUUUGUGGUUCAGCGUGUCGAGGACAUCGCGAAACGCGUGGAAGGUCUUUUACAGAAGAAGUGGAAGGGGAUUCAAAACAACCAGGAAAAGUCGUCGCGAUGGGGGCCUGAUAAACUUGAUAUCGUGGCCGAUACGACUCUGGCCCUUCCACAGUCGAAACCAGCCGCCAAACGAAUACUCCAAUACGCUGCCACGAUCCAUACGCCAUCUGUGUUCCAGGCCGAACAUGUCCCUCGCCUUCGAAAGACGCGUAAUUUCCAUGACUUCACUCGCGACAAGCUCAGCGGGGCUUUUACAGCUGACGCACGCGUUGCGUUAGCCGAUUUCGAGUUCUGUGUCCAAAACUAUCUGGAUGUCUGGUUAAUCCGCGCUUUGACGGACGCGUCGUCUUCUGCCACUCUUUCCGUUUGUGUGGAAGAGUAUAUGAAAGCUGCAAGGAAUGCGUACGCAUCAAACCCAGAGGAUGAAUCGAUCAUGAUUUUAACUCUAAUGGAUCUAUGGGUUGCCAUGGACAAAGUUGCCGUGUCUCAAUGCCCAUUGUUAAGCGAAUACUCUCCGGAAAUCCCCCUUGAUCUUCUUCAGCCGAUUCUUCUGCGCAAGUCAAAGACCUUUCAACGUCUGGGAGAAAUAUAUCGGUACCUGCGGCAACGCCACGAAUCUGUUAUAGGCGGAAGCAGUGUAUUUGAUACCCAGGUCACCGACGACAGCUUCGCUGUGCGAUACUACAAUUCUCCUGAUGGUGAUGGGUAUCAGGACCUCAAAGCGCGGAUCGAACGUGACGCCAACAAGGAGCGGAAGCGGGUGAUCCAACAGAUGAAGUCUAACCAUACCAGACGCUCAAACCUUGUCACUGAGGCGGAUGGAUUAGGUCAUACCAAAGUCAAGAAGACUAUAGGUCGAGGUCGCACUCGGCGAGAAGAGUACGUGCAUGAUACGAAUGCUUGUCGCAAAUGCCAGGCGGAAAUGGAGAUUCGCACUAUGAAAACAGAAGUACACGAAUGGCCACUUCCUCCCGAAAAUUCUGUGAUGGAGAAGCUCGUCCUGUUCGAGAUGGUACCCCCCGAAGUGUUCAAACAUUGGAGAUCGACGACAUAUUCCAUUCUUCAUGACGUCUGCAUCCCAAUUUCUUCUCGCAAGAAUGAACGUGCUCGUCCUCCCGUAACGUUAACUUCAUAUCGUCCCCUCCAGGGCUACAUCCAAGAAGCAGAUGGUCCCGGAAAAGUAACACUGGCUUCCUUGGCACAACCCCUGACUAAGAAUAAUCCGUACCAUGCUCUGCCAUGCUCGGAAUCUGAUGUCUGCCAACCUAAUGCGCUGAAUUAUCGCCUGUAUGAUGCAGAUGGGGAUGUUUGGAUUGACGAUCCCUUCGAAAGUUGUGAUAUUCGGGAUCUCUGUACCCUUCGCAUCACUGCGGACGGCGUAUAUGACGGUCUGACAUACGCAAUCCGGGAUACAACCCAUUCUUCAAACGAGGUCAUCGCAAACCAAUCAGAUUGCCCUCAAGGGCUAACCUUGCACGAGUACGAAGCGUUCGGUAGUUUACGGGCCGGGCCCAGACUACAGUGGUUUAAUAUUGCUAGAGAGCUGAGAUCUCGUAUACUCACAUUCAGCCGUGACCCAGUACAUACGCUUUUGACUCAAAGCGCGUGGCAGGUGGGCAUGGUGUCCGAUAACGGUACCUUCCAGUGGCACCAGGAGUUAACGUCUCCCGACUUCUGUGAGCUCCUUCUGACAGAGCUAAAUGAUCUGUUAGGGAGUGUUGAAGCCAAUUGGCUUGAAGGUGUCACUGUGCGGACGAUCAUUUUGCUGACUAGUCGAAUGCUAGCAUCCGCGGCAUCUACUUCAGAACCUGCCGUCGACUUGGCGUAUCAGUUGCUCCGUCGGGCUAGAGGGAUAACAUUUUCGUGGAUGCGCCAACUUGCCAGCAAACUCCAAAGAGCAGAAGAGGAAGACGCCAUCCGUGAUUUUCAACGACGUGUUUUUGAGAUAGCGGCGACGUGUCGUUGUACCUACGAUGUGGAUCCUAUACAUUUCGCCAAUCUCCUUCAAUCUCGCGAGGACGUUACUAUUCUGAUUGAAUGCGCGAUCACAGUCUAUGACAACUCCCCUGAUAAACCACAGGCUAUGUCACAAGAUUUCCAGAGGUUGUUGAAGCGGGAUGAACGUCUCGCUUGCUAUAUUGAGCCAUGGUUAUGCAAGAGAUUGACUACAGGAACACAGGGCUUGAACGAUGCUAUCAAGUCUAUAUGGCCAGGAUAUCGAUCAAACCUUCAGUGGAGUAUGGUCGAGGAGCCCAAUGAACGUUGGAUCACCACAAAGACCGUUGCCGACGCUAACCAACAGGCGCAGGAGGUGCACUUGAAUCUGUUGACAGGCUCGCUUCUCAUCAAUGGAAAACCACUUGGUCGUCUUCCACGGUCUAUAACUGGGCAUGCGAUGUAUACACGUAUUUUUGGUUCAAAAAUACUUGACGUCGUUCCCGCCGAUAUGCCAGGUACUGAGUUUGCUUGUCGGUGCCUUAUCGCGGAUUGGCAGGUCUUCUUGGGACUGGAUGACGGCCGUCUCAUCGUGCGCACCAAGAAGGAUGAUCAAGUCCUGGAAUUGAUAUCUUAUCACGAGUUCAAACGAGACCUACCGACGCCCUUCGUCGAGGAUUACGGUCAUUGGCUUGAUUUAAGCACGCACGAGAUCGAAUUUAGACCACUUUCCAGUUUAUGGAAGUCAUCUCCAGCGCACUGGCAAAUUUCGUCUCUCGAUUCGAAUCCCAAAAUGACCAACCCAUCUUCGCACAUGAUCGACAUUCAUAGCCCUACCUUCUAUAUGGUGGCGUCCCGACUGAAGGCUCUAGAAGACCCUGAGUUCAUAAUCAUCACAUCACCAUCCGACUCUCCUAAUCAAUUCCACGUUGAACUCCCACGCUUCCAGCUGUCCUUUUUCUUGAACGCAGAUAAAGCCCUGGAAUGUCAAAACCUUCCUGAAAUGCUUAUCGACGACAAUCAGUCGGCCGGGACUCUUUUUGGACUCAACAAUUAUCUAAUCCUUCGCUCCAAGGAUGAUUAUGAUCUUCCUCGUUGCAGGCGCAUUCUCAUACCAUACGGAGAGGUUCGCUAUCAGCAGUGGCAAGACCACGUCAGCAUUUCCAUUGACCGUGGUUCAUCCCGAAAGGUCGUCUAUCACGAAUACAUGAUCGACAGUGACAUGGGUUGUCUGGUCAGCCAUACGAGUUUGCCCGGAAAGCUGUACCAAAUUUACCUCCAUGCACUAAGCAGUUAUUGUCUCCCGGACCCUUUGACGCAGCAGACGGGAACAGAAGAAGCUCUUCGCGAACUUCAGUCUGCUGCAUGCUUUUCGUUCCAGUCGAUCCAGAAAGAAGAAAUUGCCCUGCUGAAUAAGAUCGGUGCCCUGACUCCGCGUCGCUCGUGGACUUCCAAAUCACAAACCAGCCACCAUGUUCAUUGGCAAGCCGGCGUGUCGACUCUGUCUCAACACUAUCACUUUUCUAAGCUUGUCGGAUCCAUUUUGCAGCACGUACUUGCUAUGCAAGUCUUUGCAGAUAAGCCAGAUGGUGACAUCGAGAAUAAAGAUCUUACGCCGUCCCGCCUUGCACUCCGUGCAAAUUUCCGUCUAGCGGCGUUCUAUCCUGAGGAGUUUUCAUUUGCUCUUUCAAAGAAGAGGGAUGUGGUUCAUCAGUCUCGAGAUCUUGAGCGUGAGGAUGAGAAUAUCUCGUCGAACAUGUCACGCAUGGUACAAAUUGGGCCGUCCGCCCCAGCGCAACCCCCGAGUCUACUAACUAGGCUUUACGAGUGGAACAAUAUUGGACCCUCUGACAGUGGCGUGGACUUUUCCUUCUCUUAUAAGAGGCACUGGCUUGGUGCAUCAUAUUUAAAACGAAACUGGAUUCCGUUCAUCUACUCAGUACGGUCGAGUCCGCAAACCCCCGCGUCUCUCAAGAGGCGUCGCUGGCAGUCGAUCUUCAGUUUCUCCGCCCUGGCAUAUUGUGAUGAUGAAUUUCGACCUAUGAUUCCCUCACUCUUGGCAUUGGUGGUGCCCUCCAAUGUGCAUAACAUACAGAUCGAUCAACCGUGGGCGAAGUCGGCUUCAUCGCUAUAUCUUGAUCUUUCAGUUGGAACGAAGCCUAGCCAGACAAGAGUGAAGGAGAUGAUUGUAGAGAUGACUGUGUCCCUGCAGGACAGUCCUGCUGGAGAGCUCAAGCAGCGUGCUACAGAGGAGUACGAUGCAUUUCGCGACAGGAGACGUUUGGCGUACGAGAAUCUUCAGACGCAGCAAGCCCAACAACUAUUGCAGCGUCUCUUCCGCGCGUGGCCUUGCGAAGACCCGACCCUGACCACCCGCCAAGCAGCUGAUUUCACUAUGUUUGACGUUGCUACAGCCAUGGUGAAGGUGAAGCCCUAUUUCAGAGCCUGUUACCACAAUGACCGCGUAGUGAAGGUCAUGAGCACAGCACAAGCCAUUGUCAAUGAUGCGUUGCUAAAUGCCAUGACAGAAACAGUGCCACAGUAUCGCUUCAACCCCUGCACCGAAAGCCAUAAGUCUAUGGCGUCCACUAUAUCUAUCUCUCGGUUAUUUACCAAAAGAGAUCUGACCACUGCCGACGCUUUCAUGGUCCCAUUCCGCUCACUUGAUCUUUCCAAUUCCACACGUGCGCCAUCAGAUACCACUGAGCUCGGAUCUCUCAUCAACGAGUUCCAACAAAGCUCCGAUAUGUGUAAGAAGCUCUACGGUAAAGAUCUGGAGGGAAGUCGGCUGUCAUUGCUGUCUCAACCUCCCGCGCCAUCUAUGCCUGCCUCGAUUCUUUGGACGAUCGAGGAUGCUGAAAAUUAUCGCGAUGAAUGUCGACAGUCUAUGAGGCAAGCACUCGAAAAUAUUAAGAAGACAUUGACACACUGCUCUUCUCGUAAUCAGCGCGCCCUUCAGCUUGCUGGGAAAUGGCCACGACUUACUCCCAGGUCCAUUCUGCGUCGCAUUCUGACGGUUGAAGAUAUUCCGACAAGCAGUAUAACAGAAUAUGCGUUUCUGUACUUGGAGUACCAACGGUCCCAACGGUUACUUCGUGCAGUCAUCAACGGGAAUACCACCGAAUUUUACAAGGAGGAGCGUAACCACACUGUUACGGCCGUGACUUAUCCUGAGUGGAUAUUACUCCAGGUGGAGAACGACUUCAUCUGCCGGCCUAUUCAGACCAAGGUUGCCAAAGAAAUCAUCUCACCCUCGUCAAAGCAGAAUUCUGUCCUCCAACUCAAUAUGGGAGAAGGAAAAUCUUCGGUUAUUGUUCCCAUGGCUGCUGUUGCUUUGGCGGCGGGGGAAGCUAUCGUCAGAGUGGUGGUGCUCAAGCCCCUUGCCAAUCAGAUGUUCCAGAUGCUUGUUCAGCGUCUGGGAGGACUUUUGAAUCGACGCAUUUUCUACAUGCCCUUUUCUCGGCAGCUUGACGUUACCGUUGAACGAAUCGAGCUCAUUCGCAACUUGUAUGCGAAGUGUAUGGAGGCGCGUGGAAUUCUGGUCAUCCAGCCUGAACAUAUUUUAUCGUUCCGACUGAUGUGCAUCGAUCGUCUAAUACAUGCACCUGUUGAUCCCGACGAAGAGGACGUAGAAACCCCGUCCGCUGCCUUGCUGGACUUACAAGAAUGGAUAACCGCACAUUCUAGGGACAUAUUGGACGAGAGCGAUGAAAUCCUUCAUUGCCGAUAUCAACUUAUCUAUACUAUCGGACAACAGCGGCCUUUGGAAGGCUAUCCCGAUCGUUGGACGACAAUACAACAAAUUUUCACCCUCGUCGCGAGCUGCGCUCGAGCCAUUCAGGAAGAGUUUCCUCUCGGAGUCGAAGUCCGUUCACGGGAUGGUUCUUUCCCAUUUUUCCGUAUCACUGAACGCGAAGCCGGCGACGCUUUGGUGGCCAGCGUCUGUGAAAAGAUUCUCAACGGGCAACUCCCAAAUUAUCCGUUUUUCUCACGACUUCCCAUCGAUGUCGUACAGACUUUCAUCAGUCAGCUUCACAUUGACAAGGAUCUAGCUCGAGCUAUCCAGAAUCAAUGCUUCGAGACUAAUACAUGGCGUCUUCUUCUUAUGCUCAGGGGAUUAUUUGCGCAUGGAAUUCUUCACUAUGUGUUAUCCUCACGCCGCUGGCGAGUUGAUUAUGGUUUGGAUCUUAGUCGAAGUCUUCUAGCGGUACCAUACAGGGCCAAGGAUGUCCCCUCCCUAUUGGCAGAAUUCGGCCAUCCCGAUGUCGCCAUUUCUCUGACUUGCUUGUCCUAUUACUACAGCGGAUUGACAGAGGGCCAACUCGAAACUUGUUUUCAGCUCCUGUUCAAGCAGGAUGACCCGUUAUCGGAAUACGAGACCUGGAUUAAGAUCAGUCACUCCAUACCAGCUCAGUUGCGUCAUCUCAGUGGGGUUAACAUCAAGGACAAGGAGCAAUGGUCGACUUACAUUGUUCCCCUGUUUCGCCAAAACCAUGCUGUUGUCGAUUUCUUCUUGUCGCAGGUUGUGUUUCCAAAACAGGCAAAGGAAUUCCCGUCAAAACUCUCCUCCUCAGGAUGGGAUCUUGCGGAGAGCAAGCCCAAUGUAACGACAGGCUUCAGCGGCACCAACGAUAACCAAUAUCUGCUGCCCACAUCUAUUCAGCAAUGCGACCCCCUCAAUCAGCAAAGCACGAAUGCGAAGGUCUUGACGUAUCUUCUGCAGCCCGAGAACAAUCAUUAUAUGUGUUUGCAUAAUUUACAUAACGGAAAUAGCCCAACUGCCCAAGAAUUUCUUGAUCUUCUAGUCCAAGAACAACCUGAAGUACGGGUACUGUUGGACGUUGGGGCGCAGAUGCUCGAGCUUCGCAACGAGCAGCUGGUCGAACAUUGGCUCUCUCUACGUCCGGACUUGUCGGCAGCUGUGUAUUUUAGUGAAUCGGACGAACUGAUGGUGCUGGAUCGACGCGGUAGCACAGAGCCACUGCUGUUGUCCCCCUUCAAGUACCAGCUGGACAAAUGCCUGGUCUAUCUUGACCAAGCCCAUACGAGAGGCACAGAUCUCAAGUUGCCUCUUACGUUCAGAGCAGCAAUAACGUUAGGAUCGAAGGUAACAAAAGAUCGCCUUGUGCAAGGUGCCAUGAGAAUGCGGCAGCUGGGACAGGGACAAUCAGUGAUGUUCUUCGCGCCGCUUGAGAUAGACCAAAGAAUCAGGAAAGCAGCGGGGAAACCUGAAUCAGCGGCGUUGGAAACAACCGACGUUUUGCGAUGGGUCAUGAUUGAGACGUGUGACGAUAUCACGCAUCAUGUUCCUCACUGGGCACAGCAAGGGUUAGACUACAUCCGGAGGAGGGAUGCCUGGGACUCUUACAUUGCUUCGGAGUUGGACGAUCACCUUCUCAACCCUUGGAUUCAACCAGAAGGACGCUCUCUCGUGGAUUUAUACUGGGUGAAUGCAAGCUCUGCGACGACAAAUACAUCUCUCAUGAACAUUCCCGAACUUCGAGACCGUUGUCGGAAGAUUGGCGUCACAUUUGUAUUCGACAGCAACAUGGACGAAGAACAGGAAAGGGAAGUGAGUCAAGAAAUAGAGCGAGAACAGCAGAUUGAAAGGCCGGCAAAGUGCAAACCCGCGACGCAUUCCAUUCACCGCCACGUUCGUAGUUUCAUCGAAACUGGCACCAUUCGCUCGAACUCUACCUUCGUGCCGUUAUACCGUCCUCUCAGAGGCCUCGAAUCGUUUAGCGGGGACGCGUGGGCGUCUCGGCUAUUAUGCACCAGUGAUUUCACGAGGACUGUCGUACGUGAGGAUAAUGUCACCGUACGGGGAAGGUUCCAAGAUCCCUCUUCGCAAUUCCUGAGAUCCGUUAACUGGAUCGUGUCUUCCAAGAAGGGCGACGAACUGCGAUUGGUCGUGCUCAGCCCAUUCGAGGUUAACGAACUGUUGCCUACUAUACGAACCAGCAAGGUCGUACGUCUUCAUGUUUACGCACCAAAGGUGACUUCGACGACAAAGCCAUUCGACGAUCUUCAGUUCCAUUACUUCCCCCGGCUGCUCAGUCCUCUCGACGUGUUCUCUGUCGAUAGCCAUAUAGUGACGCAGCUCAAUAUCUUCGCAGGCCAAUUAUACGUGACGGAUUUCAGCGCUUACCGUACGCUUUGCUCAUUCCUGGGUCUUCACUUGGCUGGAGAAACCGACGGGCUUCCAUUCCAAAGCGAUGGAUUCAUCACGAAGCGAUACCGUUCACAAGGGGGUCGACACGACAUUUCUCCCUUUACGAAGAGCCCCGUUCCGUUCUUGAAGGAAUUGUUUGGGCUACGGAGGAAGGGCAACACGUAUUUGUCCACACAUAUUGGCAAGUUGCUGCACGGACACUCAUUGACACCAGAAUCGUUUUCCUGA